AAAUGCCCGAAGCUAGCUCUAACUAUGCAGAUAAAAAAAAUGGAUACUAAACAAAGUAAUUUAAUAUCUAAUCGAUGAUUGCUGUAUGUGUAUGUCUCUGGACACAAUAAAACACACAGCCAUUGAAUUAUCAAGUCCACAAAAACUGACGACAAAGGCUACUUCUUUAGCUAUUCUGAAUAAAACGAGCAGGCCCUGAAUAUAAUCAUCAGUAGUUGGCCCAUUAAUCUUAUCAUGGUUCCUUUUUUUUGAGGAACUGGCUCUUCAACGUGAGGAGGGAGUGUGCCCAGCAGAGGAACAGCUGCCUUUAGAGCGAACUCGACCAUCACUAUCAAGGAUCACUGUUAGAAAGUCGCUACUAGGCCUUUUCCAAGAACACCAACUGAUCCGCAAUGCGCCUGCCCAAACCGCAGCAGCCUAGCUCCGCGGACAUCCGAUAGAAGCAAAGGCCGAGAAAAUCCCUGUGCGCUGCAGAAACCCAGCGCGCGGUGAAUCUAAAGCUUCUUUCCACCAUAGCUGCCUUGCCAGACUGCAAAUCCCAGCAUUCCUUCCAUCCAAGGGAGCCAAUAAAAGUUAGUUCCUUCGGCCAAUCACACCCUAAUGCACUGUAACCACCCCCAACUGAAUUCUGGGAUUUGUGGUUUUCACGUGGCAACAUUAUACCAUCGUGGUUAAGGCAAUGUAGGCCACGCAUCUCCUUCGGAACGAAAGAUCCUUUUCGUAAGUCUUCUGUUGGUCACCAGGCUAGCCCCUUAACUAGCAAUACUCCCAGUCCUUAUACUCCUUAAAAAUUGUAAACGAUUUCUCUGUCAGACAGAAAAAACCCCCAAAUUAUUUCUAGGUUAGGUACACUCGCUCCACUUGCUCCCCCAUGCUUUAACCGUCGCUUUUAAAUCUCGCGAGAUUUUUUUUUUUUUGGGUCCUGGUCUCGCCUCCUGAAAGGCGGUACACGUGAAGACGGACACAAGCCUCAGCCAACAAGAUUACCCUUUAAGUAGCGUCUCUACAGCGUGCUCGGGAGACCUCCGUGAACUCUGACCUCAGCUUUCCGCGGCGUCCCGCGUACACCGCCGCCUCCCCCGGAGCGAAGGAGGCGGGCUUUGGCCUCUAGCCCUAGGGAGAGAGUGCGGAGGGAGUGGGAGCGAGACGAGCUAGAUUGGAAGUGUCUGGCUCCCGGGAGAGGGCCUGCUAUACUCCUUGCUUCCUAUGAGCUCGUUCUCCGGCGAGCAGCGCCGUCGUUAGGCCGGCCUCGUAGCCUCUGCUUUCCCCGAGCCAGGCCCACGCUUCUCCGGGGAGGGGGCAACCCGUCGAGGCGCCUCGGUAGUCGGCGUCUGCGUCGUGCUGCGACCCUGGAAGCGGCACCGCCGCGAGUGAGAGGAACAGCAGCUGCGGCGGCAGCGGGCAGCAGCAUCGGCAGCGCCGGCGGGCGGGAUCGAGGCCGUCAACAUGGCGAGCGCCUCGUACCACAUUUCCAAUCUGCUGGAAAAAAUGACAUCCAGUGACAAGGACUUCAGGUUUAUGGCUACAAAUGAUUUGAUGACAGAACUGCAGAAAGACUCCAUCAAGUUGGAUGAUGAUAGUGAAAGGAAAGUAGUGAAAAUGAUUUUGAAAUUACUGGAAGAUAAAAAUGGAGAGGUACAGAAUUUAGCUGUCAAAUGCCUUGGCCCUUUAGUGAGUAAAGUGAAAGAAUACCAAGUAGAGACCAUUGUAGAUACCCUCUGCACAAACAUGCUUUCUGAUAAAGAACAACUUCGAGAUAUUUCAAGUAUUGGCCUUAAAACAGUAAUUGGAGAACUUCCUCCAGCUUCCAGUGGCUCCGCAUUAGCUGCUAAUGUAUGUAAAAAGAUUACUGGACGUCUUACCAGUGCAAUAGCAAAGCAGGAAGAUGUCUCUGUUCAACUAGAAGCCUUGGAUAUUAUGGCUGAUAUGUUGAGCAGGCAAGGAGGACUUCUUGUUAAUUUCCAUCCUUCAAUUCUGACCUGUCUACUCCCCCAGUUGACCAGCCCUAGACUUGCAGUAAGGAAAAGAACCAUUAUUGCUCUUGGCCAUCUGGUUAUGAGCUGUGGAAAUAUAGUUUUUGUAGAUCUUAUUGAACACCUUUUGUCAGAGUUGUCCAAAAAUGAUUCCAUGUCAACAACAAGAACCUACAUACAAUGUAUUGCUGCUAUUAGUAGGCAAGCUGGUCAUAGAAUAGGUGAAUACCUUGAGAAGAUAAUUCCUUUGGUGGUAAAAUUUUGUAAUGUAGAUGAUGAUGAGUUAAGAGAGUACUGCAUUCAAGCCUUUGAAUCAUUUGUGAGAAGAUGUCCUAAGGAAGUAUAUCCUCAUGUUUCUACCAUUAUAAAUAUUUGUCUUAAAUAUCUCACCUAUGACCCGAAUUACAAUUAUGAUGAUGAAGAUGAAGAUGAAAAUGCCAUGGAUGCUGAUGGUGGUGAUGAUGAUGACCAAGGGAGUGAUGAUGAAUACAGUGAUGAUGAUGACAUGAGCUGGAAAGUGAGACGUGCAGCUGCUAAGUGCUUGGAUGCUGUGGUUAGCACAAGGCAUGAAAUGCUUCCAGAAUUCUACAAGACCGUCUCCCCUGCACUGAUAUCCAGAUUUAAAGAGCGCGAAGAGAAUGUAAAGGCAGAUGUUUUCCAUGCGUAUCUUUCCCUUCUGAAGCAAACUCGUCCUGUGCAAAGUUGGCUGUGUGACCCUGAUGCAAUGGAACAGGGAGAAACACCUUUGACAAUGCUUCAGAGUCAGGUUCCCAACAUUGUUAAAGCUCUGCACAAACAGAUGAAAGAAAAAAGUGUGAAGACCCGACAGUGUUGUUUUAACAUGUUAACUGAACUGGUAAAUGUAUUACCUGGGGCCCUAACGCAGCACAUUCCUGUUCUUGUACCAGGAAUCAUUUUCUCAUUGAAUGAUAAAUCAAGCUCAUCAAAUUUGAAGAUCGAUGCUUUGUCGUGUCUGUAUGUAAUCCUCUGUAACCACUCUCCUCAAGUCUUCCAUCCUCAUGUUCAGGCUCUGGUCCCUCCAGUGGUGGCUUGUGUUGGAGACCCAUUUUACAAGAUUACAUCUGAAGCACUGCUUGUUACUCAACAGCUUGUCAAAGUAAUUCGUCCCUUAGAUCAGCCUUCCUCGUUUGAUGCAACUCCUUACAUCAAAGAUUUAUUUACCUGUACCAUUAAGAGGUUAAAAGCAGCUGAUAUUGAUCAGGAAGUCAAGGAAAGGGCUAUUUCCUGUAUGGGACAAAUUAUUUGCAACCUUGGAGACAAUUUGGGUUCUGACUUGCCUAAUACACUUCAGAUUUUUUUGGAGAGACUGAAGAAUGAAAUUACGCGGUUGACUACAGUGAAAGCGUUGACACUGAUUGCUGGGUCACCUUUGAAGAUAGAUUUGAGGCCUGUCCUGGGCGAAGGGGUACCCAUCCUUGCUUCAUUUCUCAGGAAAAACCAGAGAGCUUUGAAACUGGGUACUCUUUCUGCUCUAGAUAUUCUUAUUAAAAACUAUAGCGACAGCUUGACAGCUGCCAUGAUUGAUGCAGUUCUAGAUGAGCUCCCACCUCUUAUCAGUGAAAGUGAUAUGCAUGUUUCACAGAUGGCUAUCAGCUUUCUUACCACACUGGCAAAAGUGUAUCCCUCCUCCCUUUCAAAGAUAAGUGGAUCCAUUCUCAAUGAACUUAUUGGACUUGUGAGAUCACCGUUAUUGCAGGGGGGUGCUCUUAGUGCCAUGCUAGACUUUUUCCAGGCUCUGGUUGUCACUGGAACAAAUAAUCUAGGGUACAUGGAUUUGUUACGCAUGCUGACCGGUCCAGUUUAUUCUCAGAGCACAGCUCUUACUCACAAGCAGUCUUAUUAUUCCAUUGCCAAAUGUGUAGCUGCCCUUACUCGAGCGUGCCCUAAAGAAGGACCAGCUGUAGUAGGUCAGUUUAUUCAAGAUGUCAAGAACUCAAGGUCUACAGAUUCUAUUCGUCUGUUAGCUCUGCUUUCUCUUGGAGAAGUUGGGCAUCAUAUUGACUUAAGUGGGCAGCUGGAACUAAAAUCUGUAAUAUUAGAAGCCUUCUCGUCUCCUAGUGAAGAAGUCAAAUCAGCUGCAUCUUAUGCAUUAGGCAGUAUUAGUGUGGGCAACCUUCCUGAAUAUCUACCAUUUGUCUUACAAGAAAUAACCAGUCAACCCAAAAGGCAGUAUCUUCUGCUUCAUUCCUUGAAGGAAAUUAUUAGCUCUGCAUCAGUGGUGGGCCUUAAACCAUAUGUUGAAAACAUCUGGGCUUUACUGCUAAAGCACUGUGAGUGUGCAGAAGAAGGAACCAGAAAUGUUGUUGCUGAAUGUCUAGGCAAACUCACUCUAAUUGAUCCAGAAACUCUCCUUCCACGGCUUAAGGGGUACUUGAUAUCAGGCUCAUCAUAUGCCCGAAGCUCAGUGGUUACAGCUGUAAAGUUUACUAUUUCUGAUCAUCCGCAACCUAUUGAUCCACUACUAAAGAACUGCAUAGGUGAUUUCCUAAAAACAUUGGAAGACCCAGAUUUGAAUGUAAGAAGAGUAGCCUUGGUUACAUUCAAUUCAGCAGCACAUAAUAAGCCAUCUUUAAUAAGGGAUCUUCUAGAUACUGUUCUUCCACAUCUUUACAAUGAAACAAAAGUUAGAAAGGAGCUUAUAAGAGAGGUAGAGAUGGGGCCAUUUAAGCAUACAGUUGAUGACGGCUUGGAUAUUCGAAAGGCAGCUUUUGAGUGUAUGUACACACUUCUAGACAGUUGUCUUGAUAGGCUAGAUAUCUUUGAAUUCCUAAAUCAUGUUGAAGAUGGUUUGAAGGACCAUUAUGAUAUUAAGAUGCUAACAUUUUUAAUGUUGGUGAGACUCUCUACGCUUUGUCCAAGUGCCGUACUGCAGAGGUUGGACCGGCUUGUUGAGCCAUUACGUGCCACGUGUACAACUAAGGUAAAGGCAAACUCAGUAAAGCAGGAGUUUGAAAAGCAAGAUGAACUAAAGCGAUCUGCCAUGAGAGCAGUAGCAGCACUACUAACCAUUCCAGAAGCAGAGAAGAGUCCACUGAUGAGUGAAUUCCAGUCACAGAUCAGUUCUAACCCUGAGCUGGCAGCGAUCUUUGAAAGUAUCCAAAAAGAUUCAUCAUCCACUAACUUGGAGUCAAUGGACACUAGUUAGAUGUUUGUUCAACACGGGGACCAUGACAUUGACCAUAUGAUGCACUGAAUCGACAGGUUAUUACUCAUAAGACGUGGAAAGGGAAGUGUCUAAAAGCUUCAAAAUGUUCCACUUUGGUUUUCCUUCAUGAAGACAGUUUGGCUUUCUUCCACUUUUGUUUUUGUAACAUUUGUUUCAGAAAUAUGUAUUUCCAUAAUCCAGAGGUUGUAAAACCACUAAUGUUUUAGUGGUUAGGACAACAUUUAAAAUGGAAACUAAAAGUUAGGAUUUAUGGAAUAUGGAGAUAGGGUCCAGGAUCAUUUGCCCUGUAAUGUUUAGGAUUAAAAUGUUAAAAUUUUGUGACCAUGAAUUUCUUUCUUUUAUAAAAUUUCUCAUUUAAAAAUCAAAAAUUCUGCAAGACAAAACCAUGUUUCUUUCUCUUGUAUAACUUUGUUUCAGCAACAUACAUUGAUUUUUAGCUGGCACAUAAGAUCUCUGUAAGAUUUGUUCCAUUUCAGAGGAUUUAGCAAUUUAAAAAAGACAAUAAGAUAUCAUUUUUUUAAAGUGCAGGGAUCAACAUAUCCCUGUUGCGCACACUAAUUUUGCAUGAGCAAGUUUACAAAUAAUGUAUUGUCUGUAAAGCAGCAUGUGCAGAUUAUUCAUUAUACAAAAGUUAAAAUAAGUAUUGUAUUAGUGCAAUUUGCAGAUAUUUUAUUUUUGCACAGAAAACAUAUUUGAAGUGAGGAGUAAAUUUUUGAAACUUUGGUUUUCUUAAUACCAGUGUGAAUUUGCAGAUGUUUUCAGCAAAUCAAGUCACAAUAACAAUUUGCCACUUUUUUUCUAUUAUAAAUUUUCUUACACAUUUAAAAUUUGAAUAUUUAAGUACACAGUUUUUCUCAGUUACCCAUUUGUGUGUGUGUUGCCACUUAGAAAUUAUAUUCUGAAGGCCAGUUUUUUCUUCAUUCCCUUUGGAUCUCUACAUCCCUUAUUGAAGGAUACAAAUACUGUGUAUGCUUUUCAAAUUUAGUUUUAGGAAAAUUCUGAAGCCGGCUAUCAUGGGUUUGUUAGCUCAUAAAUAGUCUUUUCUUUUAGUCAGAUUUUUCCCCUUCUCUUGUAGAGCUAAUUUACAUAUUGUACUUGGUAAACAGUGACUACUUUUCCUGAUUAAGGGGGCUCUGCUGGGGGAAAGAAGGCUUUGCAGUACCGUAUCAUAUUUAAAAUUUUAAAUAUGUUCUUCAGUGAACUCAUUGCACACUGUAGCCUCUUCCUUCAAAUUUGUGGUGCUUCUGUAACAGUAAGAACUAACUCUGAAAUAAAGACAUCUCCUGAUGCUGUGCAAACAUAGUUUACAUGUAUUGAAGGAGGCAGUUGUUAAAUUUAGUGACCAAUUUUAAGCAAUCAAACAUUUGAAAACUGCACCCUUUAUUUUUGAAACUGUGAAUUAGAAAUACCUUUUCUGCUGUAUUACCUGCUUUAACGUCCAAAUAUGCAGUGAUUUGAAUUGGUAAUAUACUGUGGUUAUUAGAUUAACAGCUUAAAUUUGAAUAUUCAGAUGAUAAUGCAUAGAACAUCAAUACCGUAAGGACUUUGAGUAGUACAUUGACGUGGAACAUUAUAUGAAGUUGGUGCCAUUUCAGAAUGUGGCAGGUGGUAGUCUUGUACCAUAAUUUGCAUAAAAUUGUAAUAGAAAUUUAUUUUGAGAUGUUAGUAUAUUAUGUACUAUACAUUACCGUGGUAUACAUGUUGUGGAUAUAUUUAAAUAUUCGGUUACAUGGUUUCACAAUAAAUUACAAUACCGCAGGCUCUAGGACCAAAUAGGAGACUGACAUGCAUAUGUUGUAUGAAUAUCUUAAUUAUCUAAAGUUAAAUGCAAAUACUUUUCAUGUAUUGGAUUUUUUUUAACCUUCCAAGAUACACUUUUUUUUUAAAGUUUGCAAGAUGGCUAAUUUUUUUAAUAUAGCUGAAAUUCUGUCUUUUAAUACAAAAAUAGAUUGUUCUUUCUAGUAGUAGAUACGGUUUACUACCAUGUAUAAAAUUAGUAACAGAAUAAUACUCAGAUUUGAAUGCCAAGUCAUACUGGUUAACUCCAUACUUCUAGUGCUGAUGUCCUAAUACUGGUACAGUGGGUGCAGGGUGUGAGGUGCAGUCAUCGUCCGCCUCUCACACUGCUUCCUGGUCUUUUAAGAUUUAUUAACAGGUUGUGGUUAGCAUCUCUACAUGCAUAGUUUCUUCAGGAGAUCUGAAAGUUAAGGAAAUGGCUGCUGGCUGCUUUUCUUGAAGAUGUUUCAAUUGUUUAGAUCUACCUGAUUUCUUUUUAAAGAAAGCUCAAUAUGGGGCUGCAUUUUAAAGUUAGAUUAUUUUAUGAAACUAAGACAGAAAGGAAAUUUGGUAUGACAAGACCUAAGCUAAAUAUUUAUAAAAUCAAUAGCACUGAAUAAGUUUUAAAAUAAUGGUCAUAAGUUCAUUAAUGAUAUCUAAAGCUCCUUAACCAUUGGGAAUUAGAAUUCUUAAAAGGUUGGAGUACGAUGAUUAAAUCAAAUGUUGAAUAUUUAUAUAAUAAUUUUUAUGUAACCAAUUAAAAAUUCAGUUAACUGAUUAGGAGGCCUUAUUGGCUGUAAUUAACCACAUGACCAAGUAUACAGUAAUAUCUCACAGUUUAAGCAGUUGAACAUUUCUGCCCACUUUAAAUUUUACGCAAAAUUUAAAUCGUUAAAAUUAACUGCCAAUUUCUAGAUACAAUAUGCUUAAUAACUGUGUUGAUAUUAAAGAGCUUUAAAAUUCAGCAAAUUUUGGGAUCUAGCUCUAUCUCAAAUUGAAUUCUAGCUUUUAAACAACUGCCACCCCAGAUUCCUAUGUUUUUGAAAUCUUACUCCUGUGUGGAAUGGAAAAUGGACAAUACAGCAUUCAUUUUACUGUUUGGAAAAAGGAUAUUAUGGAUUUAACUGACUUUUCCAGUUAAAUAAAACUCCUUUGUUAUCUUUAGUUGCAGAAGUAUUUGGUGGCAAGCUGCCAUCAUCACCAGAUAAGACCACUAAGGAAUAUGUAUACUGAAAUUACAUAUUUUCCCUUUGCAAUACAGUAACUUGCUUUAUUUUCCUAUCAAUACUAGAGAAAUAUGGUUUGUGAACACUUAUAUUGUAAUUUAGGACAAGAUCCAUCAGCAUGAUUUUACUCUUUGUAACUUCAAAAGUUAGCUUUAAAUUCAAAGUGGGAUUUGUUUUUUACAUCAUAAAAACCAACUUGCCCUGGCCAGUUGGUUCGGUUCAGUUGGUUGGAGCAUCGUCCCAUACACCAAAAGGUUGUGGGUUUGAUUCCUGGUCAGGGCACAUGCCUAGGGAGCAGGUUCCGCCUCCAGUCAGUGUGCAUAUGGGAACUAACCGACUGAUGUUUCUCUCCCGUCCUCUCUCUAAAAAUCAACAAAACAUCCCCUCGUGGAGAUUAAAAUAAAACAAAACAAAACUUCAAUGAAGACUAAGAGGAGAGUAUCGCAGAUAAUUUUACUUUGUUAGAUCCCAUCAAGUGUGUGUCCAGUUUCAGAACAAGUUUUUGUAGAGGGACUCAUAUUACCCUGACGUCUUUACACCUUUUUAUUCUGAUCCUAAAUGAUUAUCAGUGGUGAUUCUGGCAAAUUGUUUCUUUUAGAAAGGUUUUAGGUUUUAGAAAGAAAAGGUUUUAUUUUGUGAACUGAAAUUCUUUCUGGAUUAGGGAGUAUUGGAAUUGGUGUAUUCAGCCAUUAUCAAUAACUAAUGGUCUGCACAUUGAAUGAUUUUAUUCUAGAAUGCUCUUUUCACACAUGAGUUUAAAGAAUUAUACUCUGGAACUGGUAAUGUACGAUACUAUGAUAUCCUCAUGUUUGAAUAGCCUGUAAUAAUCCUAUUCCUCUGCAGAGCUGUUUCACUUGUUUCAUAUACAUUUCACUUUUAAUACAAAUUCACUGCUUCCUUAGGUAAGGGCAACUUAAAUAUGUGUGGUAGUAGCUAACUGUACUACUGGCAUUUUUAAAAGACACAAAUGUUUAGCUUGCUUGAAAUCGUUAACCAUCCAUGAACUAAGGCCUUCUAAAAGAUCUGGAAAUAAACUCUCAGUUCCUUAUUCUAGAAGUAAAAAUCCAUGCUUUCCUCCAGAAUAUAUACUUCAAUAGAAAAGCGCAUGUUCUUUUUAGAUCAGGAUUUCUCAACCUUGGAACUGUUGACGUUUUGGACUGUAUAAUUCUGCAUCAUGGGGUCCUGCCCUAUGCAAUGUAGGUAUUAGCUUCCCUGGCCCUUACCCACUUAGAUAGCACUCAUACCAUCUCCCCCACUUCAAUAUUGCCCACUCAGGACAAUAAAAAUUGUCUCCAGCUAUUGCCAAAUGUCUCCAGAGGAGGGUGGGGUGGAGCCAGAAUGGUCUCAGUUGAGAAGCACUGUUUUAGAGAAAGCUUUUUCUUGCAGCUACAGCCAGCUGAGAUUGUAUGCAUGUAGAAGUUUUCAGACAGUUUUGAGUGUCAGUUCUUCAGCUUUCUAACCAAAUUUGAGUACUGCAUCUAACCAACCUCUUUUCCACUAUUUAGAACUAUCGUAAUUUAGUGAAAAUAGGUUUCUACUCUAUAUAUUAUUCCUCUUAUUUAAAUGGAUGGUCCUUAUCCUUUAACAUGCUGUUUUUUAUGGGAGUAAAAUGCUUUCUGCAUACUCGAGAAAUACAAAUAUAAAGGGGCUCCUACUGUGGAGGGGAGUAUGAAGCAUUCAAAGUGCUUUCGAAUCAAAACACUACAUAAAAAGUUGAGGAUCAGUAGCCAUAAGCAACUAGUGUUACUUGACUUGAAUUCUUACAAAGAGUAAAUGGAUUUUCAAAAUUACUCAUUUACAUUCUCUUCGGAAAAGUUUGUCCAAUAAUUUCUUGAACUAGUACGGGUAAUUUCUUAUUUAGCUAUAAAGGCAUGCCAAAGAGUGAUAUUUUGUGUAGUUCCUAAACAUAUAUUUGAACUCUUAAGUCAUAAGCAACUAUUAAAAUUAAGCUGACUGUA